AUGUUAAGUUUUAUUUUUUUAUUACUCCUCCACACGUCACUGUGUGAGGAUAGAAAACCAAACUUUGUUAUAGUUCUAACCGAUGAUCAAGAUGUCACAUUGGGAGGAAUGACACCAAUGCAGAAUGUGCAGAGAUUCAUAGCAAAUGAAGGCACUUCUUUUGCAAACUCUUAUGUAACAUCACCAAUCUGUUGUCCAAGUCGUGCUAGUUUACUCUCUGGUCUACAUGUCCACAACCAUCUGACUUGGAACAACAGCCUUCAUGGUGGCUGCAACGGAAGGUAUUGGAGAAGGUUAGAAGCAAGAACAUUUGCCACUACCUUGAAAGGUGCUGGCUAUAAUACUUUUUAUGCUGGGAAGUAUUUAAAUACAUAUGGUGCCAAAGAAGCAGGUGGGAUUGAAAAUGUACCUCCUGGCUGGAGUGACUGGCAUGGACUAGUUGGUAACUCUGUGUACUACAACUAUACAAUCUCUAAUAAUGGUGUGCCCACAUAUUCCACCGACCUGUACCUUACUGAUGUUCUUCGUGAUUUAGGCGUCAGCUACAUAGAGAACCAAACUGAAUCGCAACCAUUCCUGAUGGUGCUAGCUCCACCGGCGCCACACCAACCAUUUACCCCUGCGCCUCGACACAAAGACAUUUAUAAGAAUGUCACUGUUAUUAGACAUCCUAACUUUAAUAUUCCGGCAAAGGAUAAACACUGGCUUUUAUCCAUGCCACCAUCUCCUCUACCAGAGACAAUAUUCCCAGAAUUGGAUCGAGUAUAUCGUUCCCGUUGGGAGAGUUUAUUGUCUGUGGACGAGAUGGUCGCUGAUAUUGUUGAAACACUGGACAACCAGAAUUUGUUGGAUAACACAUAUCUCAUUUAUACGUCGGAUAAUGGAUAUCAUAUUGGUCAAUUCUCACAAGUAUACGACAAACGUCAGCCAUACGAAUCUGACAUCAAAGUGCCUCUCAUAAUACGUGGUCCGACAAUAGCUAAAAAUGUCACAGACAACCAACCUGUACUAAACAUAGAUUUGGCUCCAACGAUUAUAGAGUUGGCGGGUCUCACGCCUCCUAAAUCUAUGGAUGGGAAAGCAAUACAGUUUAAUUCGCCAAAAAAUAGAGAAAGAAACAUGCUUGUGGAGUAUUAUGGAGAAGGGAGGGAUGGAACUGUGGAUCCAGACUGUCCAUGGGCGUAUGAUAGAGAUCAAUUGGCUCAAUGUUACCCUCUGUAUGAUUGCAAGUGUCAAGACUCGAGAAACAACACGUACGGAUGUCUGCGACAUAUCUCAAAGCGUGUCAAUAUGAAAUACUGUGCAUUUGCUGAUGAACAGAAUUUCAAAGAAAUGUAUAACCUAAAUACAGAUCCCUACGAACUUAGGAACAUCAUCGACGAUGUGCUGCCCUCUAUCCGCCAUUGGUACAAACUCACCCUUUCACAGAUGCUUACAUGUAAAGGCGCAGAUAAUUGCGAUAACCCUCUAGAAAAUCCCAAACUUUUCUCAAUAUUUUAA